ACCGCCGAGGCGGCUCGAUCAGUGAGAGCGAGCGAGCAAAGACGAAUCCAGUCCAGGCACCAAACACAAAAACCCCGUCGAUGCGAGGAAAAGAAAAGCAAUUUCGCCAUUUUAAAAAUCCUAUCAUCGGGUUAGGCGAAGCAGUGUAUCGGGAUUUUCGCGAGUAUUUCCUUUAAAUUUUCAUGUGGAUCGGUGAUUUCAAUCGGUUGUAAGCGACGUGCUCAAUGCGGUGGGAUCCGUCGCGAUGGAAGAAUAACGAUUGGCAUUACCGCAGUGGAGAAAAAUCAAUCGUAACAUUGGAAACCCAAAGAGGCCUUCUCAUCAGUGUUGUACUUUUCCUAGUGCCAAACAUACACAGCGCAGAUUAAAUAAGGGCAUGGCAUCGUUAUGCUCUUGCAUUGACCGGGCGGCGGCAGUACAAGGAAGCGGGAAGAAAAUUAAAUAAUAAUUAAUCCGCAGAAGUGCUUCUUGUCCGCCUUGGAUUGGCUCGCUUUUGCCUUGGGGCGACCUUUUCCUCUGGAUCUUGGUGACGGUUUAUUGUUCUUUUGGGAGUGUUAAGUUUAUAAACAAAAACAGCUUUGUUUUGCUGAUCUUGUGGAAUAUGUUUUAGAGGUAAAAAGGUGUAAUUCAUUUUGCGGAGAAAGCAAAUUUCGUUCUGCUCACAUACGGCUGUCCGUGUGUUGUGCUACUCCGCUGGAGCUGAUCGUUGCAAGAGGUCUUGUUUCUACCAGAGCUCUUGUUUAAUGUGCUCAAUGAUAGCAGUUUAGUUAAGUGCAUUCGCGUUCGCCAGUAUAAGGAAGUAGAAGGUGUUUCAAUAUCUCGGAAAGUUGUGUAACGUGGUGUGGAAUCAGCAAGGCCUUCAAAGUGGAUAAUAAGAGCAACCUGGGUCUAACCCAGGAUUUCGAGAGGAUGGUGGGCCUAUCAGGCGGUGCACACCUAUAUGGAGCGGGUCUACCCCCAACACAGGAAAUUGUCCGCGACAUGUCCUCUAUGCCCAGCACUGCCCCGACCAGCGCAGAUGCCUGCCUCAGCAUCGUCCAUUCGCUUAUGUGUCACCGGCAGGGUGGCGAAAGCGAAGGCUUCGCCAAACGGGCCAUCGAAUCUCUGGUGAAAAAACUCAAAGAGAAACGUGAUGAGCUGGACUCAUUGAUCACGGCUAUUACCACAAACGGGGCACAUCCUAGCAAGUGCGUUACGAUCCAAAGGACUCUCGAUGGCCGAUUACAGGUUGCGGGGCGCAAGGGAUUCCCACAUGUGAUUUAUGCUCGUAUAUGGCGCUGGCCAGAUCUCCACAAAAACGAACUGAAGCACGUCAAGUACUGCCAAUUCGCGUUCGAUCUCAAAUGCGACUCAGUUUGCGUCAAUCCGUACCACUAUGAACGGGUGGUAUCGCCUGGAAUUGACCUAUCUGGAUUAACACUACAGACUGGUCCAAGUCGUUUAAUAAAAGAUGAGUACACACCAGGUUCAGUUGUUCCUGGGUCAAUGGAUAUUGAUGGCAACGAAAUUGGAACGAUACAACAUCACCCUACGAUGGUGCCGGGCUCAGGAUACGGAGCUAUGGGUAUGCACCAACAAGUUCCAGACCCAUCACAAAUGGGCAGCAUGUUCCCACCUCCACCGGGUAGUGCCCCAAGACCAAUACCAAAAAUGGAACCAUCGGAGCAACCUCGAAACGGUAACGGCAGUUGGAUGAACAGUCAAAACUCGUCCGCGUCUGCCCCCAGCUCCGCUCCGCUUAAUCGGCUUUCAUCGUCUCUGCCGCAUUCCUCCGUUCUAGGCAAUCCGAUCGGAUUAGCCAAUAGUGGUGCCCUACGUCCACCUCAACCAGGGCCAACACAAGGCCCUCCUCAGCCCCCUCAACCAAACCCGCAAAUGUCAAACGGCGGAAAUGGACUGAUAGGAAGCUCAUCGCAGCCUAAUCUUCUAAACGCCGACGGACAAGGACAAUACUAUGCCAACAGCACUGUUGAUCCUACGUUGGCCGGUGAUCCCCAACUCGGUCCCAAUAUGGGCGUACAAAAUUCUAUUUCUGCCACAUCGCCUGUAUCCCCACACCUGCAACAAAAUGGUUACAGUCAGCAGCCGCCAAACAAUCAACAGCAUCAGCAACAACAGCAACCUCCUCCUCAGCAACAGUCACAACAAUCGUCCAGCCAGGGGCAAUACGGUCAACAUCAGACCGGUACUGCCACUUGGUCUGGUGCGAACACGCUAACGUAUACGCAAUCAAUCCAACCGCCAGCAUUAGAUCCACGGCAGCAGGGUGGCCAUCAACAGUACUGGCAACAUGGAGGUGGUGGCCCUGGCAGUGUCAGUGGAUCAAGCACAGGUCAAAUGCAGGAUUUACCGAACCAGCAACGCCUGUCUAGACAGCCGGCACCGGAAUACUGGUGUUCGGUCGCCUAUUUUGAGCUCGAUACCCAAGUAGGGGAAAUGUUUAAAGUGCCGUCGAACCGUCCGAAUGUAACUGUCGAUGGGUAUGUUGAUCCGUCUGGUGGAAAUCGGUUCUGCUUGGGUGCACUCAGCAACGUGCAUCGAACGGAGCAAAGCGAAAAAGCAAGAUUACACAUCGGUAAAGGAGUGCAACUGGAAUUGCGCGGAGAAGGAGAUGUUUGGUUACGAUGCCUCAGUGACCAUUCGGUGUUCGUACAGAGUUACUAUUUGGAUCGGGAAGCUGGUCGCACACCUGGCGAUGCUGUUCAUAAAAUAUAUCCUGCGGCUUGCAUAAAGGUAUUCGAUCUCCGCCAAUGUCAUCAGCAAAUGCAAUCGUUGGCCACAAGCGCUCAAAAAGCAGCACAAAUGCAAGCGGCUGCAGUGGCUGGCGUUUCCGGAUUGGCAGUUGGUGCUCCGAGAAACCUAUCGGCCGCUGCAGGUAUAGGAGUUGAUGAUUUGCGAAGGCUUUGCAUUCUCCGAUUGUCGUUCGUCAAGGGCUGGGGACCCGACUAUCCCAGACAAUCCAUCAAGGAAACACCCUGCUGGGUGGAGGUGCAUCUGCACCGAGCGCUUCAGCUUUUGGAUGAAGUAUUGCACCAAAUGCCGAUCGAUGGCCCCCGUGGUAUAGAGUAAAAUUCAAAUCCUGUUGCUGCUUCAGUAUGUGUAAAGUAACCUUUUUUUAAAAACAUAAUUUUGCGACUGCGAGUUAGUCGAUUGAUAUAUUUUAACAUUUGGAGACUUGCCACUCAUAUACACGGAGGGUGAAUGCUAGGAUCGAACAUGAUCAAUUAUUAGACGUUUAUGUGAGAAAAUAGUAACUUUUUUUUAUGAAAAAUGUUUUAAUCUUAUUAAUUUGAACAAAUUAAAAAUGUAUGUUUAUAUCAGAA